AUGAGAGCUUACCUGUUUCAAGACGAAGGUGACCAAAGAAAGCCCAAUGAUUCUGGUAUACCUAUCACUGAAGCACAACUGAAUGCCGCAAAGGUGAUUAGCUCACAUUCUGACGGUGAUUUGUAUGCAUUUGCUGAUGAACUGAUGAAACAAUAUGGUUUCAAAAGUCGCGAUGAAGUAAGUGUCAGCCGUAUUAAGUUGGGUGAGCGUUACGACUCCAUGGUCAAAAAGUUUUUUGAAGAGCACUUACACGAAGAUGAAGAAAUUCGUCUUAUUAUGGAUGGAAGGGGCUAUUUCGAUUUGCGCUCAGUUGAUGACAAGUGGGUACGUCUUCUCGUGGAAAAAGGUGACCUAAUUAUCUUACCAGCUGGAAUUUACCAUCGGUUUACCACCGCCAGUGACGAUUACAUUCACGCUAUGCGUCUCUUCAGAGAAAAUCCCAGGUGGAUUGCUCUUCCUCGUUCUCACGAAACUGAUAACGUCGAUGCUCGUCAAGAUUAUAAACAUUUAAUUACAUCCUAA